GACAGGCGGGCCGCAGUUCGCAGGGCCGCUGGCAACGAACCCAGGCGAUGGAAGAGGAGUAUGACACCGGUGGCGAUUCCUUCAGCGCCAUUUUCAGCGACUUCUUCCAGAGUGUGGCAGACUCUGCCUCGGAUCGCAGCCGCAUCGGACGAGUUACCAAGGCGGGAGGUAUGCUCUUGGAGGAUCUCUUGGAAUUCCUGGAGAAGGGCCUCGGCGAAGAUGGGUCGGCGACUGCGCGUCGCAGCCCCUUCGGCGGGGACCCGGAGAAAGAGCUUCAGGAAGCUCAACUCGAGUUCAAAACAAUGGAGGGCCGGGACGAGGCCCUGAAGAACGAAGCGGCGGCCUGGGAACGAAAGGCGGAGCUCUGCCGCAACGGAGGGGACAAGGCCGGCGAAUUGGGGGGCAUGCAGCGCCUCUUCGAGGCCCGUGAGAGGCGGAAGACCAUCUGCCGGCGCUUGCUGAGCCUCACAGAGCGGGUGGAGUACCUGCAGAAG